CUAUACACCAAAGCAUUGUGGGAAGCGGGGUGGACGGCCGAUGCUGAUGCAUACUGUUGGCUGGCUCGUUUUUAGAGGAAAAAAAAAAAUCUUCCGACACUGAGCUUCUUGAGGAGUGAUUUGUGGAAUGGCGCUCGUUGACGAAGUGGACCUGUGAGGGAUUUGAGGCGGUCGGACAUAUGCGGGUGUCAUCGCUGCGUUUGUGCGCGCGGGCGCUAGAAGCGCAGAAGUGGGUUUCAGUGUCCGCGGACGGCGGCGUUUUUCUCUUCUCGUGGAGGUGAACGAAUAUCCACGGAUUAUAUCCGCGCCGUGGAUGGGCGAGGGGGCCAACUGCGCUCCCAAAUUCCUCAGCCUUUCAAGUUUUUUUUUUUUUUUGAAGGUUUUUGUUCCUGUCGAAGACGCCGGUAAAAAUGUCGCCCAACAGCCCCGAAGCGGUGAAGAAGCUGGUGGACAACAUGCAGACGGACCUGCGCUCUCUGUCCAUGGAGUGCAAGAAGAAAUUCCCCCCUGUCAAAGAGGCUGCAGAGUCCGGCAUUGUAAAGAUUAAGACGAUUGCAGGCAGGAAUUCAGACAUCCUUUUUGUUGCAGCUCUAAAGGAGAACAGCUCGGAGGUGGUACAGCCCUUCCUGAUGGGCUGUGGCACCAAGGAGCCAAAGAUUACCCAGCUGUGCCUGGCAGCCAUUCAGAGACUCAUGUCACAUGAGGUGGUGUCUGAGGCAGCAGCGGGCAACAUCAUCAACAUGUUGUGGCAGCUGAUGGAAAACGGCUUGGAGGAGCUGAAACUUUUACAAACAGUACUGGUCCUGCUAACAACCAACACAGUCGUACAUGAUGAGGUCCUUUCCAAGGCCAUCGUGCUGUGCUUUCGUCUCCAUUUCACCAAGGACAACAUCACAAACAAUACGGCAGCAGCCACUGUCAGACAGGUUGUCACUGUGGUCUUUGAGAGGAUGGUCGCUGAGGAUGAACGUUGCAAAGGUAUUGUGGAGCAACAUCCUCCUAUUCAGGGAAAUACCAACCGGCGUUCUGUUAGUACUUUGAGGCCCAGCGCAAAGGAUGCAUACAUGCUCUUCCAGGACUUGUGCCAGCUGGUGAAUGCUGAUGCCCCCUAUUGGUUGGUGGGGAUGACUGAGAUGACGCGCACCUUUGGUUUAGAGCUGCUGGAGUCUGUUCUCAAUGAUUUUCCUGAGGUUUUUCUGCAGCACCAGGAGUUCAGCUUCCUGUUGAAGGAACGGGUGUGUCCCCUCGUCAUUAAGCUCUUCUCCCCAAAUAUUAAAUUCCGGCAGGGCAGCAGCAAUGCUGCCUCCCCCGCCCCUGUGGAGAAACCGUACUUUCCCAUCUGCAUGAGGUUGCUGCGUGUAGUCUCAGUCCUCAUCAAGCAUUUCUACAGCUUACUGGUUACUGAGUGUGAGAUUUUCUUGUCCCUCCUGGUGAAGUUUCUGGAUGGGGAGAAGCCACAGUGGCUGAGAGCGGUGGCUGUGGAGUCGGUCCAUAGGCUAUGUGUACAGCCACAUUUAUUACGUUCAUUCUGCCAGUCAUACGACAUGAAGCAGCACUCCACUAAAGUCUUCAGAGACAUUGUCAAUGCCCUGGGCUCCUUCAUCCAGUCCCUCUUCAUUGUCCCCAGUGCUGGAAACACUGCAGCUGUGAUCAUGCCUGCAGGUGGUUCAGGUGCUGGGCCUCAGGGAACAACACAAGGAGGUCAAGGAACAGGAGGAGUCAGUGGGAGUCUGACCACCCAGGCUGCUUUUGAAUACCGUGGUAUCUGGAUCCCUCUUAUGACUGUCAGUGUUCAGGGCAGUGCCAAGGCCACAUAUCUGGAGAUGUUGGACAAGGUUGAGCCCCCAUCCAUCCCAGAAGGAUAUGCUAUGUCAGUGGCCUUCAGUGCUCUGCUGGACCUGGUCAGGGGCAUCACCUCCAUGAUAGAGAGAGAGUUGUCCAUGGAGGAGGAGGCAGCUGCUGAGUUCAGCGAGACUCACCCCGGCCUGGAGUGGCGACUCCAACCCGGGGCCCACUUGGUGUGGGAGGAGAUGGUCAGUGCCUGCUGGUGUGGCCUGCUGGCUGCUUUGUCUUUGCUGCUGGAUGCCAGCACUGAUGAGACGGCAACUGAGAACAUCCUGAAGGCGGAGCUGAACAUGGCCUCGCUAUGUGGCCGUCUGGGCCUGGUGACACCACGUGAUGCUUUCAUCACAGCGAUCUGCAAGGCGUCUCUGCCACCCCACUAUGCCCUGACUGUUCUCAGUAGCAGUGCUGCCAGUCUCUCCAGCAAAGCGUACUCAAUCCAGGGCCAGAGUGUGCAGAUCAUCAGCCCCUCCAGUGAGUCCCACCAGCAGGUGGUGGCUGUGGGACAGCCACUCACCGCUCAGCCCCAGGGCACUGUGGUGCUGACUGCGAAGAACAUCCAGUGUAUGCGAACCCUGUUGAACCUGGCUCACUGCCACGGGGCCGUGCUGGGCACCUCCUGGCAGCUGGUACUCACUACACUACAGCAUUUAGUGUGGAUCCUUGGGCUGAAGCCAGGACUGGGCGGCGCCCUGAAACCCGGCCGAGCUGUGGAAGGACCCAGUACAGUGCUGACCACCGCUGUGAUGACUGACCUUCCAGUCAUUUCUAACAUCCUGUCCAGACUAUUUGAGAGUUCCCAAUACCUUGAUGAUGUUUCAUUGCAUCACUUGAUCAACGCUCUUUGUUCCCUCUCCCUGGAAGCCAUGGAUAUGGCUUAUGGAAACAACAAGGAACCAUCGCUAUUUGCUGUGGCGAAGCUGCUGGAGACUGGUUUGGUUAACAUGGAUCGGAUAGAGAUUCUGUGGAGGCCCCUAACCGGCCACUUAUUGGAGAAGGUCUGCCAGCAUCCAAACUCCAGGAUGAGAGAGUGGGGGGCGGAGGCUUUGACUGCACUUAUCAAAGCCGGAUUGGCCUAUAAUCAUGACCCUCCUUUGGCUCAGAAUCAGCGGCUACAACUUCUGUUGCUCAACCCCUUGAAGGAGUUGUCUAAUGUGCUGCAUGGAGACAUUCGCCAAAAACAGCUUGAGAGUGUUCUGCAGAUCCUGCAGAGUCAGGGGGACAGUCUGGGGACUGGCUGGCCUCUCGUCUUGGGCGUCAUAGGAGCCAUUCGCAAUGAUCAAGGCGAGUCAUUGAUCCGAACAGCUUUCCAGUGCCUGCAGCUGGUGGUGACAGACUUCUUACCCACAAUGCCUUGUACGUGCCUCCAGAUUGUAGUGGAUGUAGCUGGUAGCUUUGGUUUGCAGAACCAAGAGCUAAAUAUCAGCCUGACUUCCAUUGGCCUGCUGUGGAACAUUUCAGACUACUUUUUCCAAAGAGGAGAAGCUAUCACGCAGGAAUUGGAGAGGGAGGAGGAGGCUUUGCAGAAGCAAGCCCAGGAGAAAGGAGAGACUCUAAACAGGCCCUUCCACCCUGCACCGCCUUUCGAUUGUCUAUGGCUGUGCCUGUACGCCAAGCUGGGUGAGCUGUGCAUCGACCCGCGACCUGCAGUGCGUAAAAGUGCCGGACAGACGUUGUUCUCCACCAUCGCAGCCCAUGGAAUUCUGCUACAGCAACAGACCUGGCAUGUUGUGAUCUGGAAGGUGCUGUUCGAACUGCUGGAGUGUGUAAGGACAUCGUCCACCACGGCAGACAAAGAGAAGAUAGAGUCCGGUGGGGGGAACAUCCUCAUCCACCACUCACGUGACACAGCAGAAAAACAGUGGGCAGAGACGUGGGUGCUGACGCUUGCGGGAGUGGCACGUAUUUUCAACACGAGGCGCUACCUUCUGCAACAGUUAGGUGAUUUCUUUGAGGCGUGGGAGGUGCUGUUGAACCACAUUCAGUCAGCGGCUCUCAGCAAGAACAAUGAAGUCUCCCUUGCUGCUCUAAAGAGCUUUCAAGAGAUCUUACAGAUCGUCACACCUGUCAAAGACUCAGAUAAAACUGGUGAUGCACUUGCUGCUAUGUGUGUUCCCUCGGUGCUCAUUGACCCCCUGUCAGCGUUGGGUCCAGGCAGACCCCUGGUACAUUCAGAUUCACUAGUUGAGCGGCUAACACGGUACAGUGGUGCAGAGCUUCAGGCCACUCCUCCAGGGGAGGAGUCAGCCUUAGAGGACUCCGCUUUGUGGUGGUCGGCGUGGAACACGUGGUUUCGAACAGGAACAGAGAGCACCAGGCCGCCUAAUGGAGCAACAGAGAAGCUGUCCUUCAUCCCAAGUCAGCCCUUCCUCACCGCACUCAUCCAGAUUUUUCCAGCACUUUACCAGCACAUUAAAGCCAACUUCAGUAUGGACGACCUGAGGAAGCUUGGAGUCAUCCUCUAUGGUGCUGUGUCGGUGCCCAUCAGCAGUGAGGCCUCACCCUUCAUCCUCCCGGCUUAUACGGAGGCAGUGCUCACCAGCCUGCAGGAGGCCGUGCUCACCGCUCUGGAUGUUUUACAAAAGGCCAUCUGUGUGGGCCCAGAGAACCUGCAGGUCAUGUACCCGGCCAUUUUUGAACAGUUGCUGCUCUUCGUGGAAUUCUCCUGCAAGCCUCCACAGUAUGGCAGGAUGGAAACUAAGCAUGUGGCCAAUGCAAAAUACAACCAGAUCCAGCUGUUUGCACCGGCAGAAUGGGUUGCCUUAAACUAUGUGCCCUUUGCUGAGCGCUCCUUGGAGGUGGUGGUGGACCUGUACCAUAAGACAGCGUGUCACAAAGCUGUUAUCAGUGAGAAAGUCCUGCAGGCGAUCAUCAAGAUCCUACGGAUGCCUUUAGGUUUGAAGUAUGCGUGCCCAUCAGAGAGUACCUGGAAGCUUGCUGUUUCUUCACUCCUCAAGGUGUUGUCCAUUGGACUGCCAGUAGCGCGCCAACAUGCCUCCUCUGGGAAGUUUGAAACUAUGUGGCCGGAGCUGGCCAAUGCCUUUGAAGACUUUCUCUUUACCAAAAGCACACCUCCAGACAACCUGUCCAUCCAGGAAUUUCAGAAGAAUGAAGCCAUUGAUGUCGAGGUGGUCCUGCUGAUCAGCACAGAGAUUUUGCCAUUUGCCAACUUCAUCCCCAAAGACUUUGUUGGCCAGAUUAUGACGAUGCUUAAUAAAGGUUCAAUUCACUCACAGUCUCCUUCAUUCACAGAGGCAGAGAUUGAUGUCCGGAUGAGGGAGGAGUUUUCCAAGGUGUGUUUUGAGACACUGCUGCAGUUUUCCUUCAGCAACAAAGUGUCCACCCCACAGGAGGGCUACAUCUCCCGUAUGGCGCUCUCUGUGCUCCUCAAAAGGUCCCAGGAUGUUCUGCGGCGAUAUGUAGAAGAUGAGCGGUUGAGCGGACGCUGCCCCCUACCUAGGCAGCAGGUGACAGAGAUUAUAUUUGUCUUGAAAGCUAUCAGCACUUUGAUGGACUCGCUGAAGAAAACCCAGCCAGAAAAUGUGGAUGGUAACACGUGGACUCAGGUGAUCGCCCUGUACCCCACCCUGGUAGAGUGCGUUACCUGCUCCUCGUCUGAGGUGAGCUCAGCUCUUAAGGAGGCUCUGGGGCCCUUCAAAGACUUUAUGCAGCCCCCCGUCUCCAGAGUCCAGAACGGAGAAUCCUGACCCGGCCUGUGUUCAGCUUUUUGUUUCGUUUUUCUAAUAAUGAAGAAAUCUUGAAUGUGUCUUCUUGACUCACGUUCUUCACAAGUGCACAGACAUGAACUCCAUGUGAGCCUGAUUCAGAGCGGAAGAAGUAAGUAAACAGAGCGGUGAGGCCACGCUGAAGACCACAGCCUUCAUGUGCAUCAUGGAAAGCUUUUACCACAUCCUCCAUUCUCAUACUGACCAGCUGCAUGCUCGUCUUAUCUGCAGGCAUUUAAAAGAAGUUACAGUGUUGAAUCUGGGUUCAGUUUAUUUUACUUUACUGAUGAGGCAGAGUCAGUGGAGAAUGUGGUCGUACUUACAGUUGGAUAAAAUUAAAGUGGGGGGGGGGGGGAUUGGGGCUUUAUUGAUAUUAAAAAAUGAACACUUAAAACUUUUGCAGCAUUUUCAACAGUGAGGAUUUUAUGCAACAACAACAAAAAAAAAAAAACCCAGAAACAAAAUAAGAAAACAAGUCUUACUGGAACAUUCCAUGUCAUCUUCAGCCAGCCAUCUGAGAAGGGAUAUUCAUGUCUGUAUGAAAUAAACAAGACAGUUCUACAAUCA